GGCUCCGGCCCCCGCCCCGCCCCGGAGGCGGCACCGCCGGGAGAGGCAGCGCCGGCCAAAGCAGCAUCGCAUCGCAUCCCAUCGCAUUGCCGGGCACGGCGGGAUUUGCCCGGGGAAGAUUAGGGAAGAAGCAUGACCAAGAUGAACUGCAUCCUGCUGACCACCUGCAUUGUUCUGAUUGCUUUUUGUGGCUCUGGUUAUGCCUUAAGAUGUUACCACUGUGACAACAGCCCUACCCUGUGCAGGACCAACAGCACCUGCUUAACGACUGAAGACACUUGCUUGCAGCUGAAAUUUGGUAAAUUGAGAACUUUCUCCUGCUGGAAGACAUCCCAGUGCAGUGUGAAUGAGAUUGCUGAUUCCUUCCUGUUGGAUAAUUUUGAAUUCUUUUGCUGCCAUCACGACCUGUGCAAUGAGAGUGCAAUUACUGGGGUUAACAAAGCAGCCUUCAGUAUUGCUUCUGUAAUGGCCAUGUUGUGGAUGCUCCUGUAAUAAUCCUGAUUUGUAAGCUGUCCUUUCAAAAUGAAGUUACACAAAACCAUUAACUCUUUUCUAUAUAGCAUAUUUUCAGCUCCAGUCCAUGGGCAGAAACAUUCCUGUGUAAUUUUAAGUUGUUUCCCAAGGUUCUGUCUGUUCUGUUCUGUGUGUUGUUACCACGUAGUGGGUGUUUUCAUCUGUCCCCCUGCUCAUGGGGAAGGUCAGCUCUAGUGAAAUCAUAUUACCUUGUGGAGAACCUGGGCAAACUCCACUGGGUGAUGUGAAGGAGAAGGAACACUACAGCUUUUCUGCUGGAAACUGUCAUUUUUUUCCUGUCCCAUAAACUGUCAUUUUUUUUUAGUUGGCAUUUCUGUGGGUUUUGAUUUGUUUUGCUUUGGAUCCUCCUUGUCACAAACCAAGCAGUGGCUUUGCCCUCAACACAAGAAGUGUUGGAUCAUAAGUGUACCUUGCUGCAGUCUUUGUGAUGAAUAUGGAAAUAUUCAGGUUCAAGUCAUGUAAACACUUUGUUCCCAUCACUGUACCGUUUUUUUUCCUACCAGCCAAUGAUAUAACCUUGUCAAGUGCUGUUAUUUUUGGAGAAAGCAUCUACAUUUCUUAAGCCAAAACCAAAAUAUUGCUAUAAGUGAGAAACACUUCUCUUUUUUUUUUUAAUAUAUAUAUUUCCGUGAGCAUGUAGACAACAUGUGAUAGCUUCUUUCUGGAUUUUCCUCACACAUUAUCCAUGCUUAGGAUUUUAAGUGAGCAUGUGCUUUGCACUGAGUAUUUAUUGGUAUACUCAAAAUCAAUUAUAAAAUGCUAAGGAGUUGAAAUGGCACAUGUAGUUGACUUUUCCACCUAGUUAGCUUUUGGGUUUUGUUGAUGUAAACCCUUCAAGCUUCCACCUAAGAGUACUAAAAUCUUGCAGAACUUUCUUUCCAUAAAUGCCAAUGCACAGCAUAUGUGUGUAUUUAUAUAGCAUGAAUUAUACCUGCUCCAUCUGUAGGUGUGAGGGGUCAAAUUCUGAAAUACUUACAUUGCUCUGCUCCAUGGUGGAGACAGACCUUGGGACAUCUCUGG